AUGGCGAUGGUACAAGAAGAAACAAAAAACUUUGUACGCAGAGCUGUUCUACCAACGGACCCACAAAAAGCUGUCGCAGAAUUCUUCUUAUCUAAGCAAGAGGACCGUAAAAUUAAAAAGUAUCCGGAGUGGGAUAAACCAAGGGAUUUCCCUGCGUCGGAAGUGGUGAGAGCACGUUGUGACUUAGCAAAUGUAGAGAAGAAAUUGCGGGCGAAAUGGCUGGAACAAGAGAAAAGGCGAGAAAUAAUGAACAAACAGUGGCAAGACAUGGAACACGACGAAUUAAUUCUCCGCGAGUCGUUUAUAAAGUUCAACAGAUUUGUCCGAGAGAAUCAGGAGAAACGUGAACGCGCGGAGAUUAAAAUUAAAGAGGAAAAAGAGCGUCAAGCGAAACGGCGAGACGAAAUAGAAGAUUUAAGGGAAAAGCUAAAACACAUGAUAAACGUUCGCGAGAAGAUGAAGAAAUACGUGGACGAGUACAAAAAGUAUCAAACUUAUUUAGAGAAAGUGAUCAACGAGACAGGAGAGUUCCAUUCGAUCUCCGAGAUUUUUAAUCGUUAUGAAACUCUAAUCGAGGCGAGGUCGAUUUUAUCCGUGCAUCAGGAUAAAAAUCUUCAAGCAUUAGAGACAACAGGAACGGAAAUAUAUCAUAUGACGGAAACGAAGAUCCAAAAAUUUAUGGGACUGAACAAUUUGUUGGCGCAACUACAAGCAAGACGUGACAAGGUGGACUCUAAAGCCCUGAAAUGGGAGACGAUUGUGUCGAAGAUAAAAGCAAGCGCCGCAGAGAAGAAUUUGAAGCACACGCAGGUAAAAACGUGUUGCUGGAAUCUGUAUCAGCAGACUUGUAAGAGAAAGGAUGUUCCCGUGACCGUGAGCAAAGACGACACGGAGCAACAGCUCGAACACAUUAAACGCACUAUUCUUGAACUGAAGCGAAUCAUCAAAGUCGCGAAGAAACGAGCGGCGAAGGUCGACGAUCAUUCUUGA